AAAGAGAAGACGAAUACUGCUAGGAAACCUGAGACCUAAUGGAGAAUUGGGAAUCAGAUCACAACCACGAAUACGAAUCAGUACUCCAUUACGAGAUAUUCACCGACUCAGAACCAAAUUACAAAGUAACCUUGGAAGAGCAAUCGAAAGAGGAGACCUCAAGUAAAUCUCAGAAUAAGGAGACUGGUGUCCACCCAAACUUGACAACAGAUCUUAAAAUCCCAACCACAGUGACAACACAAGAACUGUCGUCCGACAAUGAACAUACUACAAACCAAAGUUUUAUACUAGCGGGUAAUACCGAUGUUCUCUUUGGGUCUCCUGAAUCUGUGGUUGCUUCUGACAAUUUCAUCCAAGAUAAUCCAUUUAUUGAGCCACUAAAAGAAGCUAAUCAACCUACAAGAUCUUUUUCUUAUUUGGAAAGAAUUUUAGCUUCUCAAGCAACAAGGAACAGUCUGGCAGUGACUCAGAUCGUGAACGAUAAAUUACUCGCUAAUGCUAGCCUACCGGAUAAAUUUAAAUCACUGAACCAUGGUGAUACAAAAGUGUCGUUUAUAUCUCCUGAAAAAGGCCUAGAGUCCACCCAACGGUCUCCAUCAGUCUCAACAGCCAUUAAUGAUGAGAUUCCUAUGGAGGAAUUGGCUGUGUUGCUGAAUAACGAAGAAGAGUCACAAUCCGGUUCACCUUCAGUGUUUGUACCCCAAGAAGACGAUAUAUCAGAUCAUCUGGAGAUGAUCCAGAUCAAUUCACCUACAUUUUCACCUACACAACCUGAGAGUUUUGAAGAUGAUAUACCCGUUGAAGGAGACAAUCAUUCAGCUGGUUUUCCUGGUGAUUCAUCCGAUGAUCACGAUAUGUUUGGCUACACUCCCCUUGACCAGGUGCAUAAAUUCGACAAUGAUAUAUUACCCAGAAUUGAUGAUACUUCAAUUAUAGAUAAACCCUAUUUGGUUAGUAGAGUUUCUGGGAAGACAAAUAGUGAAAAUUCAAACGGAUUGGACUCAGAUUAUGGUCUUUCCCGUAAAACCAUUAAGAGUUUGCUUGGCUCCUUAACUUUGGAAAAUAAUAAGAAGCGUAAACGUCUCAAAUCAACCUCGGAAGCUUUGGGUUUGGUGCAACAGCAGUCAGAAACGUUUCUUACAAAUUUGACAUCUGAUUUAGAAGUUUACGCUAGACACAGGGGUGGAACAGAGAUCACCAUACGAGAUGUGAUGCUCUUCAUACGCCGAUUGAAGUACCCAACAGUAAACGGUGCUAGAGCUAAUAAUGUGAACUAUUUUUCAGAGCUUGCUGGUAAACACUUGCCACUUGAGCUGUUGAUGGAGUUAAAUAAUUGCCUCAAAAACACGUAUUACACCAACAUGGUGGAAGUUGAUGACCAAGACCUUGACGAUUCCGACAUUAAUGAAGACCCCUCUAUAGAAAAUUUCACUGACGAUUCUAGCUAGAAUCUAUACUCGUAUAAUAGUGUAUAUAUAUUUACAGAUAGAAUUUCAUCUCACGUUAUUUGUUGAAUAUUGAAUAUCAAGCAAUUCCUCUUUGAGAGGCCAAUAUUGAUUGUUUGCCCUUUACCAACUGGAAUAAUUCAAAAAUUGCCGCUGGUGUUACCCCUUGUAUUCUUCUUGCUUGUCCAAUUGUCUCAGGUUGAAUAGUAUUAAGUAAAUGGCACACUUCAUAUGAAAUUUUCAAGUUCCCUUCAUUAGUGUAAUUGUAAUUUAAGGGUAAAAGAAGAUUUUCAUCUGCCUCAUAUGCUUUGAGAUGGGCUUCCUCUUUCUUCAUCCAAGGAUCAUAGGAGCUUUCAAUAUUGAUUCUCUGAAGUAAACGAGAGUUUAUCUGUUGGUAGAAUUGAGGUACAGUGCCAUCAACGAAGGACUCAAGGUGAGGAAGAAAGUCUUCUAAGCCGAUUCCCUUGUAUGAUAGAAGUUUCCAACCAUCAACAUAUGCUG